CCGAGUGUCGGCGCUUCGGUCGCUCUGCCGCUCCUCUCGGUAUAUUUGGCCGAAAGUUUCUCAGUUAGCAGUAGGCAUGCGGCACUUCGGCACAUUAUAGGUACGGAUAUACCUAUAUAUUGUCGGCUCACGCAUGUGUUUACAUCGGCCCUUUUCCCUCCGCAAGAUGACGAGAGAUUGACAAUUUUUCAAAGUAAUUCAACGAGUAUCAGGCCCUCACCAUGGGGUCUCGCAAAAAUUACGACGGAGCCUCCACUUAUAAAAUGGACGGCAAAAAGUUCAACAAAGUCGUCGAUCACAUAGAGAACAAGUGGAAACUCGUGCCGGCGUUCCUGCAAGGCAAGGGUCUUGUGAAGCAGCACAUAGAUUCCUUCAAUUACUUCAUAAACGUGGAAAUCAAGAAGAUUGUUAAAGCCAACGAGAAGGUCCUCAGCGAUGCUGAUCCACUGUUUUAUGUCAAGUACUUGAACGUGUCCAUUGGCACUCCUGACAUCGAAGAGGGAUUCAGUGUGUCUCGUCCCACUACUCCACACGAAUGUCGAUUGAGAGAUUUGAAUUACUCUGCACCGAUUACGGUUGACAUUGAAUACAUGAGGGGUCAUCAACCAAUAAUUCGGAACAAUUUGUUGAUUGGCAGGAUGCCGAUUAUGUUGAGAAGCUCCAACUGUGUUCUCUCUGAAAAGUCCAACUUUGAAUUGGCAAAGAUGAACGAAUGUCCCCAUGACCCUGGUGGUUACUUCAUUAUUAACGGACAAGAGAAAGUCAUUUUAAUUCAAGAGCAGAUGCUCAGGAACAGAAUUAUUUUAGAGGAAGACAAUAAGAACUGCAUAGUUGCAUCGUGUAACAGUGCCACACAAGAGAGAAAAACUAAGACCAAUGUGAUUGGUAGGGCUGGUAAAUAUUAUUUACGACACAACAUUUUCCAAGAUGACAUACCAGUUGUCAUUAUAUUCAAAGCCAUGGGUAUCGUAUGCGAUCAAGAAAUAGUGCAACUUAUUGGCACAGAAGAGAAUUUUAUGAAGAAAAUUGGAGCAAGUUUAGAAGAAUGCCAUGCGCUGAACAUCGUUGCACAAAAUCAAGCUUUAAAGUACUUGGGAAACAAACGAAAACAAAAGCGUUUUACUGUAGUCAAGUCUAGCAUCACUGACGAAAUGAAAGAUGUUUUAGCUUCGAAUAUUCUGAGUCAUGUUCCUGUAAUAGAUUUCAAUUUUAAACUGAAAGCCACAUAUCUUGCGUUGAUGGUACGCAAAGUUAUGAUCGCGCAAACAGAUGGAAAGUUGGUUGAUGAUCGUGAUUACUAUGGUAAUAAGAGAUUGGAGUUGGCUGGUUCAUUGCUAGCUCUCAUGUUUGAAGAUCUUUUUAAACGUUUUAACUGGGAUCUAAAAACAAUAGCAGACAAAAACAUACCGAAGAUCAAAGCGGCUCAAUUCGAUAUUGUCAAACAUAUGAGGCACGAUUCGAUUACAAAUGGAUUAGCUGUUGCAAUAUCUUCUGGCAACUGGACAAUCAAGAGAUUUAAAAUGGAAAGGCAUGGCGUUACGCAGGUGCUUUCUCGCCUAUCCUAUAUCUCUGCUCUAGGUAUGAUGACAAGAGUAAACUCGCAAUUUGAAAAAACUAGAAAAGUAUCGGGACCUCGUUCGUUGCAACCUUCUCAGUGGGGGAUGCUCUGUCCUAGUGAUACUCCUGAAGGAGAGGGUUGUGGUUUGGUAAAAAAUUUGGCUCUCAUGACCCACAUAACGACGGAGAUAGAAGAGGAGCCUAUUAUGAGGCUAGCUUUCAAUCUCGGCGUUGAAAAUGUAAAUAUUUUAGGUGGAGAAGAAAUAAAUAACAAAGAUGUGUACAUGGUCUUUUUGAAUGGUAAUAUUCUGGGUAUCGUUAAGAAUUACUAUCGAUUAGUAACCGUUUUUCGUAUGCUCAGAAGAAAAGGUUUAGUCAAUCAAUUUGUGUCAAUAUACCCACAACAUCAACACAGAUGUGUACAGAUCAGCUCUGACGGGGGAAGAUUAUGCAGGCCAUAUAUCAUCGUAGAACACUGUCAACCCUUGGUCAAAGCCGAACACAUAAAACUUCUUGAACAAGGAGUGAGAAGUUUCGAGGACUUUUUACACGACGGAACGAUAGAGUACUUGGAUGUAAACGAAGAAAAUGAUAGCUUCAUCGCCUUUAGCGAAUCGCAUAUAAAGGAGGGCAUAACGCAUUUAGAAAUCGAGCCUUUCACACUUCUGGGCGUUUGCGCAGGUCUUGUACCAUAUCCGCAUCACAAUCAGAGUCCGAGAAAUACCUAUCAAUGCGCUAUGGGUAAACAAGCGAUGGGCACGAUAGCCUACAAUCAGCGAAAUCGAAUUGAUACCCUAAUGUACAACUUGGUGUAUCCUCACGCCCCGAUGGUAAAAACAAAAACAAUCGAACUUAUCAACUUUGAUAAGCUACCUGCUGGUCAGAACGCGAUUGUGGCCGUUAUGUCCUACAGUGGCUACGAUAUCGAGGACGCUUUGAUUUUGAACAAAGCCUCGAUAGACAGAGGGUACGGUAGAUGUUUAGUGUACAAAAACGCAAAGUGCGUACUGAAAAAGUACGCUAAUCAGACCUGCGAUAGGAUCAUGCCUGCUUCGGUAGAUGCCACCACGAAGAAACCAAUUUGGCAGCACGAUAUCAUCGACGGCGAGGGUAUCGCCGCUCCCGGUGAGAUGGUUUCGAACAAGAAAGUUAUGGUCAACAAGUCCACGCCGUCGGCGAAUACCGGCCCUGUGACUACAGGCAGUCAAGCGCAAACGGAGUACAAAAACGCGAAUUUGGUGUACAAAAAUCCCGUGCCAGCUUACAUAGAGAAAGUGAUGAUUUCUAGUAAUGCUGAGGACGCGUAUCUGAUCAAGCUUCUUUUGCGACAAACGCGGAGACCGGAAAUCGGCGACAAAUUCAGUAGUCGUCACGGACAAAAGGGAGUAACGGGAUUGAUCGUCGAGCAAGAAGACAUGCCGUUCAAUGACUCUGGAAUUUGCCCAGACAUGAUCAUGAACCCACACGGUUUUCCAUCUCGUAUGACGGUCGGAAAGUUGAUCGAGUUACUCGCGGGAAAAGCUGGUGUACUCAAAGGAAAAUUCCACUAUGGAACAGCUUUUGGAGGAUCAAAAGUCGAAGACGUUUGCGAGGAACUAGUGAGUCAAGGAUACAAUUACUUGGGCAAGGACAUCUUCUAUUCUGGUAUAACAGGAGAACCACUUCAAGCCUACAUCUACUCCGGACCUGUAUACUAUCAGAAACUGAAGCACAUGGUUCAAGACAAAAUGCACGCUCGUGCACGCGGUCCCAGGGCAGUACUGACGAGACAGCCGACCGAGGGUCGAUCGAAGGACGGUGGUCUGAGAUUGGGAGAGAUGGAACGAGAUUGUCUGAUCGGUUACGGAGCCAGCAUGAUGCUGAUCGAGAGACUAAUGUUGUCGAGUGACGCUUUUGACGUUGACGUGUGCAACAAGUGUGGCUUGAUGGCCUACACUGGCUACUGUCACAGUUGUCGAUCCAGUGCGUGCGUUUCGACCAUCACCAUGCCGUAUGCUUGUAAACUGCUUUUCCAAGAGUUGCAGUCCAUGAAUAUUGUUCCGAGGCUCACUCUUAAGAACUACUGCGACUGAAUAUGACAAUAAACACAGUUUUUUAACAAUAGUCCACUACAGCUGUGUACAAAUACAAUUCAAGACAUUGUGAAUAACUAUAGCGCAUUUUUUUUAUUUUAUCUAAUAAACGGCAAAAAUUGUACAAA